AUGACUUUGUUUUCUUUCCUACCUUUUUCAGGAUCCCUCAGCUCGCCUCUGGGAGCUGUUGGGUUCUAUCUCGGACUGGGUGUAGUACUGAGCAUUCUCUACCUCUUCGCAGUUAUUAUUUAUAACGUUUACUUUCAUCCGUUGGCAAAGUUCCCCGGUCCGAAGUCGUUCGCGGCUACACGAAUUCCUUAUUUCCAGGCUUUACUCGGUGGCCGAAUCGGCCAAUCUAUCAAGGACCUACACGAAAAGUAUGGAGAAGUAGUCCGCAUCGCUCCCAACGAACUAUCCUUCAUCGACGGUGAGGCCUGGAAGACAAUAUACGGCACUCGACCCGGACACAAGCAGAAGCCCAAAGACGUCCGUUACUAUCCACCCACAGCAGGCGGAGUUCCCAGCAUCGUCCUCUCCAACGAUGAAGACCACACUCGCUUCCGACGGACGUUGUCUCACGCAUUCUCCGAGACCUCGUUGCGUGCCCAGGAGCCGCUAGUCAACGGUUACAUCGACCUUUUGAUCCAGCGUCUGCACGAGCACUGCGAUGCCGGUAGCAAACCCCUCGACAUGGUUUCAUGGUACAACUUUACAACCUUCGAUAUCAUCGGGGAUCUGGCGUUUGGUGAACCGUUCAACUGUCUGCAGAACUCGGCGUAUCAUAAAUGGGUCUCCAUGAUCUUCAGUAAUAUCCGAUACGGCACGUAUGGAAACGUUGCGAGACGCUUUCCCGGUUCCAAAUAUCUGCUUCGUCUCAUUACCCCUACGCGCAUAGCGAAUGGGAGGAAUUGGCAUAUUGAACUCACCAAGGAGAAGGUCAAGGGUCGACUCGACAAGUCAAACGACCGGAUGGAUUUCUUCGGACAUAUCCUGAAACAGAAGGAUACUGAACGGGCAAUGAGUUUCGAGGAGAUGGUUACCAACGGUAGCACACUGAUUGUUGCUGGCUCUGAAACUACGGCGACCUUACUCUCGGCUGUUACUUACUAUCUUGUGAAGAAUGAGCGGGUUCUGCGUAAGCUGCAGCAGGAAAUCAGGGCGUCGUUUGCGAGUGAAAAGGAUAUCACUGUCACUGCUUGCAAUCAACUCGAAUACCUCAAUGCCGUGUUGACAGAGGCACUCCGGAUCUUCCCGCCUGCUCCUACCGGACUACCCAGAAUUGUCGAUAGAGAGGGUGAUAUGAUCGCUGGGAAAUGGGUUCCCGGAGGGACCAUCGUAUCCAUCCCACACCUCGCCGCCUUCCACUCAGCAUCAAACUUCACAGAGCCAGAAUCCUUCAUCCCAGAGCGUUUCCUUGGAGAUUCUCGCUUUGCCAAUGAUAGUAAAACAGUGUUGCAACCGUUUAGCUUCGGGCCCCGGAACUGCAUUGGACGCAAUUUGGCUAACGCUGAGAUGCGUCUUAUUCUGAGUCGUGUGCUGUACAGUUUUGACUUGGAAUUGGAUGAGAGGAGUGAGAAUUGGAAUCGGCAGGAAACGUACAUUCUUUGGAAUAAGCCGUGUCUUUAUAUUAGGCUGCGCCCUAGGGCUGGGAUGUAA